AUGGCUGAUAGCUCGGAAUGUUCUCUUCAAAAUAGGAGUAAACUUGCAUCAACAUCAACUCCGCUUCGAACAAUCUCUCUAAAUAACGCAUCCUCAUCUACAUCGAAGCGUGAUUUGAUACCACCAUUAGUCGAAUCCGAAUGUCUUCACAAUAUAACAGCAAUUAUUCCACCUGAAGAAUCUUUUAUUGAACAGAGUCUUUCGGCAUUUGGUACCAGUGAUGUAUACCAAAAUCCCAUCACUUUUCCAGAUUAUAAUAUCACAAAUGAUGAAAUCAGUUAUUCACCUCACAAUUUUGAAGAUGGUGCGAUGCGUGCGAUUAAGCAAGCAUUAAUAGAUAGUGAUAACCAUGUUAUGUCAACAUCGGAAGAGGAAAUUAAAGAUUACAUUUUAAAACGUAAAUCAAAACGACAAUUCUGGCUCACUCAAACAAUGUCAGACGAAUUUAGUAUUGUUCCUCGCAUUGAUAAUCUUUAUUUACUAGACCAUCUCGAAAAAUAUCAAAAAUUAGUGAUCGAAUUCACAUUAAAGAACAGCAGAAGUGACACGGCUGAAGUACGCACAGAAGUAAAGAAUCAUCAAACUGUUUUGAAACUACCAAAUGACAAACAGUCAUUUUCAUCCAGGUACGAUCAAACAAAAAAUACAUUAGAGAUGUCGUCAACAACUAGAGUGCUGCCACCCCGUUCAAAUACUAAACAAUUAAACGGAAUUCAGAAAGUGGGCAACAGCUGUUUUUUUAAUGUGGUUAUACAAUUAUUAGCUGCUACUACCAAUUCAUGUUUAUCACAUUUCAACAGACGCUGCCAUUUGGAAGGUGAGUGAACGUUAUUUCUUCUUGAUUUUUACUGUUAGCUUCCUUAUUCAGUUUUAGCUCAUCCUGUCCUGAAUUAAACAGACUUUUUCUUUAUUAAAACAUGGUGCAAGCAAAGCUACACUGGUCGACUUUCUUGUCGUAUUUCGUGCAAGAUUCUUGUCUCUUGGCAUUUUAGACAAGAAACUUGUUUAAUAGUUCACUUAUAUUUUUAUUUCAAUGUUCUUGGGUGAAAUUUCUGUCUUGUGACUUCAGCCAAGAAUUUGAACUUUGACAUAAUAUUAAGCAUAAACAUCAAUUAUAUUUUCCCACAAAUCAUCUGCCUUGAUCGUUAUUUUUUUUUGACUCUCCACUUGACUGUCUUUCAGCCAAAUCCCAAAUUUGGUCUACUAGUUGUUGACAGCUGUUUUCCGGACCCAGUUUGACGAUGACUGAAGAUUGUGUGUUACCUUGAGGAUCCUCGAUACUGACCAUCACGCUAUACCGAUCC